CUUGAUUUAAUUUCUAGGCGACUCAAGUAAUAUAGAGAAAAAGGAAAGAAAAUUUUUUAUUCGUUGUGUUUUCUUUUUCAGAUCGAAAAAAAGUAGCUCCGCCGAUAGUGGAGCAUUAAGGUGGAGUGAGCUACCCAGAUCACCACCGGCCACCGCCUACAGAACGGCGUCUAUGGCGGAGGAAGCAUGAGAUUUUGCAGCGAACGGCGUUGUUUCCUCUUCUUCCUUCCCCUCGUCUUCUUCCUUCCUCAUCUCCUCUCCGUUUUAGAAUUGCAUCAUGACCUAACCUCGCAAGGUCAGCCCAACAAACGUAGCAAGAAAUUCGAUCAUUUAAUUCUUGGCCCUGCCGCCGGCCAAGGCCACCCCGAUCGAUUGCAAUGCUCAGGCACCAAAGCGCUCAACAACACCCAUUUGCCUGCUACUUCUAAUUCGGCCGAUACUGGGAACAACAUUCACUUUGUAACUGUCUUUACCAUUUACAAUGCGUCGCAGGAUUCCAAAGUGAUUGGCAGAUCAACUGACAUUGUAAAAGUUGGGGAUGCUUCAUACAGUAAAGUGGAGAGGUCGAUGGCUGUUUUGAAUGUCUUCAUCAACUUCAUUCAGGUUUCAAUGCCCCAGAGUAAUGUAAUGAUUUUAACUGAUCCAGCUUCAGAUCUACCAGUACGUAGACAGAGAGUAACUGUGUAUCCGAUACAGGGUGAAUAUUCACGAGACACAUUGAUGCUUCAAAGAAUCAGGUCUUACAUUAGCUUUCUAGAUACAAGACUUGAGGAGCAACGACGGGGUCCAAGACACAUCAAUCAUUACUUCUUCACAGACUCAGAUAUGGCAGUGGUUGGUGAUUUAGGAGAAAUUUUUCAUAAGCAUCCGAAGUUUCAUUUGGCUCUCACUUUUAGAAAUAACAAAGCACAGCCUCUGAAUUCAGGGUUUAUAGCUGUGAGAGGUACUGAAGAUGGAAUUCAAAGGGCAAAGGCUUUUCUCCAAGAAGUACUGAAAAUAUACAGUUCAAAAUUCAUGAAAGCAUCACGAAUGCUUGGAGAUCAAUUAGCUCUUGCAUGGGUUGUAAGGUCAAAUCCUUCAUUUGAUGCAAGGAAAUUUAGUAAAGCAGAAACAUUUGUAGAAGAAAUCAAUGGUGCUUCAGUACUUUUCUUACCAUGCGCCUUGUACAAUUGGACACCACCAGAGGGUGCAGGUCAAUUCCAUGGCAUGCCCUUGAAUGUUAAGGUUGUUCAUUUCAAAGGAUCAAGGAAACGCCUAAUGCUUGAAUCUUGGAACUUCUUUCGAUCCUCUUCAAGCAUCUCAGACAUGUUGUGCCUUAUUUUAAGUAGUGGACGGACAAAGUAUGAUUUCUAAACUGAGUUUUUAGAACUGUAUUUUAUGCAGAAAACAAGAGCCACAGUUGUUUUCUUUCUUUUUUUAGCCUCAAAUCCAUUUGAGGGAUAUCUCCUUCCUGCGACCACUUCUUACAUUGUUCAAAAGCUUUGUAUAUUGUACCUUUUUUUAUUUUAUAUAUUAAAAAAACUUCCAUUCUUUUUUCA